AAAGAGGAAAGAGGACUGUACCAGGACAAGGUGUUCUGCUUCGUCCAUCUGAGUGUUCAGGAGUUUCUGGCUGCUCUUCAUGUCCAUCUGACCUUCACCAACUCUGGAGUCAACCUGCUGGCAGAAGAACGUAAAUCAUCAACCCAAUUCUACCAGAGUGCUGUGGACAAGGCCUUACAGAGUCCAAAUGGACACCUGGACUUGUUCCUCCGCUUCCUACUGGGUCUUUCACUGCAGACCAAUCAGACUCUCUUACGAGGUCUGCUGACACAGAGAGGAAGUAGAUCACAGACAAAUCAGGAAACUGUCGAGUACAUCAAGAAGAAGAUCAGUGAGAAUCUGUCUGCAGAGAGAAGCAUCAAUCUGUUCCACUGUCUGAAUGAACUGAAUGAUCGUUCUCUAGUGGAGGAGAUCCAACAGUCCCUGAGUUCAGGACGUCUCUCCACAGAAGAACUGUCUCCUGCUCAGUGGUCAGCUCUGGUCUUCAUCUUACUGUCAUCAGGACAAGAUCUGGACGUGUUUGACCUGAAGAAAUACCGUGCUUCAGAGGAGGCUCUUCUGAGGCUCCUGCCCGUGGUCAAUGCUUCCAAAAAAGCUCUGCUGAGUGGCUGUAACCUGUCAGAGAGAAGCUGUGAAGCUCUUUCCUCAGUUCUCAGCUCUGAGUCCUCUAGUCUGAGAGAGCUGGACCUGAGUAACAACAACAUGCAGGAUUCAGGAGGGAAGCUGCUUUCGGCUGGACUUCAAACUCCACACUGUAAACUGGAGACUCUCAGUCUGUCAGGCUGUCUGAUCUCAGAGGAAGGCUGUUCUUCUCUGGUCCUAGCUCUGAGCUCCAACCCCUCCCAUCUGAGAGCGCUGGACCUGAGCUACAAUCAUCCAGGAGACUCAGGAGUGAAGCUGCUGUCGGCUGGACUUAAGGAUCCACGCUGGAGACUGGACACUCUCAGGGUGGAGCCUGCUGGAGUCAGAUGGUUGACACCAGGUCUGAGGAAGUAUUCCUGUGAACUCACAAUCGACACAAACACAGUGAACAGAAACCUCAAACUGUCUGACAACAGGAAGGUGACAUAUGUGAAGGAGGAUCAGUCAUAUCCUGAUCAUCCAGCGAGGUUUGACUACUGGGAACAGCUGCUGUGUAGAGAUGGUCUGACUGGUCGCUGUUACUGGGAGGUUGAGAGGAGUGGAGGGGUUGAGAUAUCAGUGAAUUACAGCGGAAUCAGCAGGAGAGGAGACAGAGAUGACUGUGUGUUUGGAUGUAAUGAUCAGUCCUGGAGUCUGAGGUGCUCUGAUGAUUAUGGUUACUCUGUCUGGCACAAUAAGAGAAGAGCAUUCAUCUCCUCCCCCUCUUUCUCUGGUAGAGUAGCCUCUGUCUUUGGUAGAGUAGCCUCUGUCUCUGGUAGAGUAGCAGCCAUCUCCUCCCCCUCUUUCCCUGAUAGAGUAGCAGUGUAUGUGGACUGUCCUGCUGGCUCUCUGUCCUUCUACAGAGUAUCCCCUGACUCACUGAUCCACCUCCACACCUUCAACACCACAUUCACUCAGCCUCUCUAUCCUGGGGGUUCAGGUCAUAUGGUUCCUCAGUGUCUCUGUGUCCUGUGGAGUAUGGAGAGUCUCCUCCUGUCAGGGUUAGUCUUCCAGCUCCCCUGUUUCAUUAGCGCUACACUGACUCGCACGUCGAUCCGCUUGUUGUGCUAACCUCAGCCCCACUGCUCUCUGCCUCGUCCGCCAGCUGGUCCACAUCUCUGGCCAGACCUUCAGACACUUGCCCAUUCUAACCGACGAGCUAACGUUAGCUUCUUAGUAGCACGGUGCCAGACGUUUGUUUUUUUUUCCUGACAACUGACGGAUUUGCGCCCGAGCUUGGAUGUUUAGGGCCAGAGCUUUCUCACCAUGUCCACGGAUUUAAGAUAAAACACCACGUUACGCCGUUAUUAUCGUUAUAGCCUAGCUACAUCCAUGGUCCGCGCACACUCCACAGUCAAGAGCAUUAAGAAAAACACUGAUGUAAAUAGUACCUGUACUGUCGUAUUAUAUCCCAGUCACACGGAGUAAAUUGUACACACACACACACACACACACACACACACACACACACACACACACACACAGGACGUUACAGUAAUUAUUUCAUCAUUUUGUAAACGAAAUGUGUAACUUUGUGAACGUUAUUCAAGACUUUUAAGGCCAGCCCGCCACACACACACACAUUUUUUUUUUUCUCAUCGGAUCUGCAUCGAUCUCAGAUAUGGCAUUUCUAUAAUCAAAUUGACGGAAAUCUGUCAUAGCGACGGAGAAAUUUAAUCCCUGAAAAUGUUAUGGAGUGCCGUGGGGGAACAGUCUGGAGACACACCCAAUCAUUAAAGGGCUUGUUGAUUCUCUUGUGAGAGGAUUAGUGUCCAGGGUUACUGUUUUCGCACCCCCUUACUCCAUUAUCUCUGUCAUACCCCAUUGCAUAUUUGCACAGAUGCACAUCUUCACCGCACUGCUAUCAUAUUCUGUUUACGUCCUUUUGCACUAUUCAUCCACCCAGGUAUGCUCAACUGUUAUUCCUCCAAACUUUGUUGUCACACAAUUUUUGUACACAACAAUCUGCACUAACUGUAUAUUGACUCUUUACUACAUUUCAGCAUUUAGAUAGUCUGUCUAUUCAUGUAUACUGUGAUAUUACUGAUCUACAUCACUAACUAGAUCAUCAUUUGCACAGUUUUUUUGUUUUGACUCUUCAUAUAGACUGUUUAUUCAUGUAUAUUGUGUUAUUACUAUAUCACUUUCGCAUAUCCAUCUUCUUACUCAAACCUCACUUGCGCCAGCUUUGUAAUGCCUACUUAAUCUGUACGUUAUGUAGCCUAUUGUAUUCUGUAUUCUUGUAUUAUAUUGAAUGUGAAACUGUAUGUUGUCCUGCACGCUGAUGCUUUUCUUGGCCAGGUCGCCAUUGCAAAUGAGAACCUGUUCUCAACGGCCUACCUGGUUAAAUAAAUAAAAAGGAUCUGUACUAAAAGUGUACGUAAACCCAAAAGCCAAAAAGGGUGUAAGGCAAAAAAAUUCAGAUUUAUAAAAUUGUGCGUACAUACAUCUGUAGGCAAUGUUCCCUUUAUAAAUCACAUGAUGAUCAAUA